UAUUAUCUAUAUACUAGAUCAUGGACUCUUGGGAAGAGGAAAUUAGGAGAUUCAUGUUAGAGGAAGAAGAAGAGGAUGAUGAAUUAUUUUUUGUUCUGGUCCCCGCACUUCAAUUGGGCAUGUAUGAUGAGAAAGAGCCAGAGCACACCUCAGUUUUGACCAGUCCAAAAUAUGUCAAAGAAGUCUUAGAAGGUCAUGAGAGGUGGUGUAAAGUGGACUUUAGGAUGGAGUUUGAGAUUUUUAUUGCUAUAGUACACUUUCUUAGAGUGGAGAAUCUAUUACAUGACACGCGUGGUGUUAUGAUUGAAGAGCAGUUUGCAAUGUUUAUGUUCAUGCUCUCUCAUAAUGCGAGCACCGAGAGGCUAAAAAAGAGAUUCCAACAUAGUGGUGAGACUAUACAUAGGAAAAUUACAGAGUUCUUCGAUAUAAUUCCAGCCCUUACUCAUAAGUUUCUGAAGCUUCCAGAUGUAUACCAAACACAUGUCAAGAUUGUGUCCGACCCUCGAUAUAUGCCUUUCUUCCAGGUUAGUUAUAGGUACUAGAUACUUGGCCCAAUCAUAACCGCAGAACACAUGAUUCCAACACUCAUUCCUUGAUUUAAUUUUUUUUACUGCAGAACUGCAUUGGUGCUAUAGAUGGCACCCACAUCCCUAUCACCAUUGCAGAAGAAAAGGCACCUCUUUACAGAAACAGGAAAGGAACAUUGUCACAAAAUGUGAUGUGCGCAUGUGAUUUUGAUCUGAAAUUCACUUUCAUAUCA